AUGAACAGCUUUGGGAGCAGUCCAACUGGGGACAUUGUGCUGGGUUCUAGCCCACAAGGAAGCUUUGAGCAUGAGAUGCUACGCUUCAUGCAGGUGACAGGGGAUGAUCAUGUCCCAGCAGGGCGGCGGACCUGGCAUGCACAGGCUGCACCUCUUGUCGAGCCAUGGAGCAGGGAAGAGAGAGAUCUCGUCGACCUUCGGGACCUGCUUGUGCCUGUCUUUCCACCCGGCGACAGUGAAGAAUCCGAGGAACCACGCAGCAAUGUUGUGGCUGCGUACGUUGGUAAAGGGAAGGUUGCAGGCCUCAACUACUUCCAGCCGAGGUGGGUUGAGGGGCGGCUGUGGCAGUAUGACAAUGGCGGCAUCGGCUUCAUGUGGAUCGACGCUGUCUUUCAGCAUCUGCUGGUGGACCUGAAACGGGUUGAUGAUGACUUUCGGUGA